GCGGCCACCCCGCGCCGCCCGCCUGAGGAGCCGCGCACAAAGCCGCGCCGCGGCCAUGGAAGAGGAGCUCAAGUGCCCGGUGUGCGGCUCGCUGUUCCGGGAGCCCAUCAUCCUGCCCUGCUCGCACAAUGUCUGCCUGCCCUGCGCCCGCACCAUCGCCGUGCAGACCCCGGAGAGCGAGCACGCGGCGGGCGGCGGCGGCGGCGGGGACCACGCGGACAAGCUGAGCCUGCACAGCGAGACCGACAGCGGCUACGGCUCCUACACGCCCAGCCUGAAGUCCCCGAACGGCGUGCGGGUGCUGCCGCUGGUGCCCGCGCCUCCGGGGGCGGCGGCGGCUCCGCGGGGCGCCGGCCCCGCCAGCUCCUCCCUCACCUGCCCGCAGUGCCACCGGAGCGCGUCCCUGGACCAGCGCGGGCUGCGCGGCUUCCAGCGGAACCGGCUGCUGGAGGCCAUCGUGCAGCGCUACCAGCAGGGCCGCGCCGCCGCCGCCGCCGCCGCCAAGUGCCAGCUGUGCGACCGCAGCCCGCCCGAGCCGGCCGCCGUGCUGUGCGAGCAGUGCGAGGUGCUCUACUGCGCCGCAUGCCAGCUCCGCUGCCACCCGGCCCGCGGGCCCUUCGCCAAGCACCGCCUGGCCCCGCCGCCCGCACACCCGGGCGCCCCCGGCGGCGGCGGGGACGGCGGCGGAGGGAAGGGGGCGGGCGGCGGCCGCAAGCUGCCGACGUGCGCCGAGCACGACCUGGAGAACUACAGCAUGUACUGCGUGAGCUGCCGCAGCCCCGUCUGCUACCAGUGCUUGGAGGAGGGCAAGCACAACAAGCACGACGUGAAGGCCCUGGGAGCCAUGUGGAAGCAGCACAAGGCACAGCUGUCUCAGGCUUUAAAUGGUGUAUCAGAUAAAGCAAAGGAAGCUAAAGAAUUUUUGGUUCAGCUGAAAAAUUUAUUGCAGCAGAUCCAGGAGAACGGGCUGGACUACGAGGCCUGUCUCGUGGCUCAGUGCGAUGCCUUGGUCGACGCGUUAACGCGGCAGAAGGCAAAACUGCUCACAAAGGUCACCAAGGAGCGUGAGCACAAGCUGAAGGUUGUUUGGGACCAGAUAAAUCACUGUACACUGAAGCUACGCCAGUCAACAGGGCUCAUGGAAUACUGCCUAGAAGUUAUCAAAGAAAAUGAUCCUUCGGGGUUUUUACAGAUUUCAGAUGCUUUAAUCAAGCGUGUUCAGGUAUCUCAGGAACAGUGGGUGAAAGGAGCCUUGGAGCCAAAAGUGUCUGCUGAGUUUGACUUGACUCUGGACAGUGAACCUUUACUGCAGUCAAUUCACCAGCUGGAUUUUAUUCAGAUGAAAUUUCCUGUUUCAGUGCCACCCGUCCCAUUGCUGCAGCUGGAGAAGUGCUGCACCAGGAACAACAGUGUGACAUUGGCCUGGAGGAUGCCACCUUUGAGCCACAACCCAGUGGAGGGCUAUAUCUUGGAACUUGAUGAUGGAGAUGGUGGCCAAUUCCGAGAGGUAUAUGUUGGCAAGGAGACUCUCUGCACCAUCGAUGGCCUUCAUUUCAACAGCACUUACAAUGCCAGGGUCAAAGCGUUCAACUCCUCAGGCGUUGGUCCUUACAGCAAGACGGUCAUUUUACAGACGUCGGAUGGUGAGCUGGGCCUUUGCCACUCUCUAAAUGAAAAGCUGCAGGUCUCAGUGGCAGGACACUUUCAUCCCUUUACACCCAUUAAUGUAUUUGACACCUACUGGCAUUUUCCAUUAUCAGUAACGCUUCAGGCUUCAAGUUGUGUGAUUUUAGCUUGCUGUAGAAGUCUAGGAUCUAACCAAGAGACAGUUUCCGUGUCAUGGAGCAGCCUUUUGGCGUGGUUCACCUUUGACCCCUCCUCAGCCCACAGAGACAUAGUGCUGUCCAAUGACAACCAGACUGCCACCUGCAACAGCUACGAUGACCGCGUGGUGCUGGGCACCGCCGCCUUCUCCAAGGGCGUGCAUUACUGGGAGCUGCACGUGGACCGCUACGACAACCACCCGGACCCGGCCUUCGGCAUCGCCAGGAUUAACGUGGUCAAGGACAUGAUGCUGGGCAAGGACGACAAGGCCUGGGCCAUGUAUGUGGACAACAACCGCAGCUGGUUCAUGCACUGCAACUCCCACACCAACCGGACUGAAGGAGGAGUUUCUAAAGGUGCCACUGUUGGUGUGCUGCUGGAUCUGAACAAGCACAACCUGACCUUUUACAUCAAUGGGCAGCAGCAGGGGCCUCCAGCGUUUGAAAACAUCGAGGGCGUCUUCAUGCCUGCACUGAGCCUCAAUCGAAAUGUCCAGGUGACCCUGCACACAGGACUGGAGGUGCCACAAUCUGUAAAACAGCCCAAGCUGCCCAACAACUAACGAAGCCCCAUCUGACACUGUGCUGGAUUCUGCAAGCUUUCUCAGUGUGUUUUGGCACUUUUCAGUAAGUCAGUAAAAAAGCAUCCUCUUCCCUGACUUCAAACACUGUGCAGCAUGCUGCUCACCGAGUAAUCGGCUGGUUAGAGCUAGGCCACUCCAUUUUCAAUUUAACAGCCAUAACAAGCACAUCCACUGGACUGGCACUCAACUGCAGAUGGGUACCUUGAACAUAUCUACUCUGCAUUGCAUACAUAUGUACACUCAUGUGCACACACACACACAAACACGUCUGUAAAGCAAAAGGUUAAAUGAGUGUAUUUUCUCUCUCAUGGCUGGAUUUGUGCUUAAAUGUUAAGGAUGCUGGAAAAAAUGGGUGAGGUUGAAGGACAGUGGAUGUUGGAGCAGUUUACCAGUAGAUAACUGGAUUCCCUUGCCACCUGAAGUCCUUAAAUAAAGAAAGCAUAUGUUUUGACAGCUGAAGUGGAGGUUUUAUGCUCAAGAAUUCCUGGUUGUCAAUUCCUUUCAGGGGCUCAAAUGAUCAUGGAUUAUUCCUUCUGGCUCUAGACUGCAGUGAGUUAUAGGAUAAUGUCCCCUUAGAAUUCAGUGGCAGAACUUAUCUGCAAUGAGAACAAGAUUGGUUCCCAAAUGCUGCCAUGAAAUAGCUGGGUUCAUUUUAGCUAACACCAGGAUACAUGCAGAAUUCAGGUACAAAAAGUUGAAAGAAAAACAUCGUUGAUGCAUUUUAGUGUUUGUUAUUUAGGCAUGACUAUGGAGACACUUACAGAAGAUCUGGUUGUGGUUAUCAGCACAACUCUUAAAAAACAGUGCAUGGGAGAUUCCUUUGAACUGAAAUGAUAUAAAAUUUAUUUAAAUAUGGCACAUGCAAAGUCUCCCACAUUGAGAAAUGAUGCUUUCCAGCCUUGAUCCUAAUAAAACCUGUGCAGCUGUAGUUCCAAUGUAGCUUUGAGAUCUGAAGCCUUAAUUUUCUAGUAGAUUACUGUGAGCUAAUUAAAGUCUUGAUCCUAAUGAAACACUUGAGAGAGAUUAAUAGCAGUAAUGCAAAACCCAUCCCUAAGAAUUUUUCUGGAUUGGGACAUAAAUCUUUUGCAAGACUUGACCUGUGCCUGGCAUGUCCCACAAAAACAAGCAGCCAUUUCAGGUGCUGCCCGUGACAACUGGAGUCUGACUGACAGUGAUCUUUUCUCACAGCCAUGGCACUGUCACCUGCAUGCAGUUGUCAGAAAACCAAGCACUGGUUUGCCUGUGUGCUUCGUUUCCCCUGAACCCAGUUAACAUGUGCAAGUGUGUGUGUGUGUGUGUAUAGUGGCAAUGCGUGAGGACGAGAUGCAGCAGGCUUGGUGAGCCCAUUACAUCUUGGACUCUUGUCACUCUCACCCUACAGAAAUGUGGUGCUAUCAAACAAGAAGAGCAUAAACUUUCACAUCCUAUCAAUGUACUAUUUCCUUUUUUAAAAUCCUGCUGCUUAUACAAAUUUUCCUCUUCAAGCAUACGUAUACGCACACACAUAUUAUCAGGCGUGUAAUUAUUAAACCUGAAAACAAAUAUUCCAACCAAAAUCCAGCUUACUGCCUUGCAUUAAAGCACAGCCACAGGACAAACAGCCCAGGCCUGCCUUCAGGCAUCCUGCCAGCCCCCAGAUAUCCUGCUGCAGGCCCCCUUCUGCUUUCUGUCUGGAGCACGUCACUCAGGUAGUGCUGAGUGAUGGCAAGGCUUCCCUGUGGCAAACAGCCAGAAUCUCCCAUGGAUCAUCCCACCUCACAGCCACUGUGGGAAGGGAAAGGGAGCCCAGAACAGAGCUGGGCUAUUGCACAGACACAAAGCAGUCUGCCAUCCUGCUGCCUGUAGCCAACCAAGCAUCCUGUAGCCCACCUCUCCUGCAGGACAGCAACGCACCUUCAGCAACGUCAAGACUGAAACAGGAAAUAAAACCAACAAUGGAAAAAUAAUAACAUAUGCUUUUAAGUGAGGAAGCAACAGCACUUCCUUUAAAGUCUGGAACGGAUUGUAUUAGUAAACUUGUAGACAAUGGAAUAACUGUGCUAUGCUUAUCUUGGUUUUGUAAAGAAUAUCAGAGACCAACUGUGUUAUAAUCUUCGGUUUCAUUUAAUACCAUACGAACUCAUGCAAGAUUUUCUAAUUAGCAGGUCUGUUUUCACCUACCUCAGCUAGAACGCUACCAGACCCCAAAUUUCCUCUUGAGUGUGCUCUUCAAUGAACAUAACAGUUGUAAUCAUAGCAUUGGCUUUGAGUAUUGCCAGUCGGAGUAGUGUAUGGGAAUAUUGUACAUAAAUUGCACAUAGUUUUUAUAUGGGGAAACAUCCUGUGAUAAUUUUAAUAUGGAAGGCACUCCACUUUCACUUGUAUUCAAAAAGACAGGGCAUUGUUUCUUCUGAGACAGAACCUUUGUCUUUACUCCCAACUUCUGUAAAGGAAACUCAAAUGAAUUUACAUCUUUCCAAUCUUCAACCAUUGCCAGAUGUUUAAAAUUAAUUCUGAAUGGGUUUUAGAAGUGUUUGCAGUACUCAGUUUUCGUUUUCAUAGUUGCUUUGGUGUUGGUUCCUGGUGUAUUAUAUCUUGGGGAGAACAAUUGAGUGACAUGUUGUUGAUUUCUAAUGAAUAUAUGGACAGUAGGUAGGAACAGUGAGUAGAGAAGCUCAGUUUUUACCCUCUAUGCAUUCCAACAUUCACAAAAGUAGGGUAGCUACCAUUAUAGUCUCCUUUUAACCUAGCAGAAAUGCAAAUAAGUUAAAAGGAAUACAGUUAGAAGUAGGCUACCUGCAUUAGUAAGACUACUUUACCUUAGGUAAAGAACUAAACAAAGCAUUUGCAUGUGUUGGUUGUGUACACAAUCAAGGACUCACAUUUGGCAUGGCCUGUAGCAAUAAACCUGUUAUCCUCAUAGAGUGCACUCCUGUGACUUCAGCUGGAUGCAUUUUCCUAGUUUGAGUAACAGAAAUAAUGCUUAAGUGGUUAAAAUUACUCUAGGAAACUAACAACUCACACAUUAAUAUUUAUGCAGAGCUUGCAGGGGCCAUCUGAACAGCAGCAGGGAGAGGUGGGGCACUCCCAUUGCUCUGCUCAGGCUGAAGGUAGUUUCCUUCUCUGCAGGCAUCUUCCCCAAGGUCCAUCUCAUUACAAACCCAGCAGUUUGCACAUUCUUCAUCUAUAGUACCUCUUAUGCCAGUUUUUGUUUCCUCCAAAUCCUUUCUUUGGGAGGGAGCCAGCAUUUAGUCCCUGUAGAAACUGCGUUGCUGACUGCUCAGGGAGAACCCAGAGCACAGAAGACUGGAAUAGAUACCCAAAGGGACCACUUUGUGUGCUCUUCUUCCUUUUGUUCCCUCAGAGUAUUUCUGCAGCUCUCUGGGGCUCCAAGCUCACCCAAAGCUGCCUGUCAUGGGACUCUUCAGCUCCUGGAGGCCAGGUUGCUUCUUAUAAGCAGGAGAGCAAAGCCUCUUGCACUGGGAUAAAUCCCAUCCACUAUGGUACAGAGCCUACAUAAGGUAGCUGUAAAUUGACUUAACAUUUAAAAAAACCCAAAAGCACAGACAGGCCCUCCCCUUAUUAACAAAAGAAAGCUUGACUUCUGCACACACCAGUAUGGAACCUCUGAACAGCUGCAAAGUAAAUACCGCAGUUGAACUUUCUGUCCUGCAGAGCAACAAAGGACUCUCAGUUUUCACCUACCCCUGGGAGCCCCAACCUUAGCCCUUUGUAAACCUUCUUCCUGGCUCUUUCCUCUGCCAAUUUCUAUUAAGUUCAGGAGCACUGUCAGACUUCCCAAGGCAUGCAAUGCUAUACAAAUUCCACUUCCUCCUUUUCCCUCAUCAACUUGAAAAGAGCUCACAAGAUCUCUUAGUAAGACUUAAUGUCAAUAUAAGCACACAUGUAGCUGACAAUCCCUUGCUCCUUCUGCUGUGGAAAGGUAUGUGCUGUAAAAUAAAUCGCAGUGAGGACAGUAAUAUACUGUGAUGUAUUACAAAUUUGGAAAGUAAUUUGACUUCUAAAAACAUAGAAAAGAUGGGCAAACAGCACUGUCACCUCCUAUACUUGCCUAUGCACUUAAGAUACACAGAGGAAAAUAUAUUGGACUGAACAAAAAAAAUAAGCACGAGCUUACGUUUAUCAGAGUUUAAGAGGAAAAAGUAUUAAAUGUAAUUUAUUAUAUGCAUAAUGUUCCAUCAUGUUGUAAAUAAUGCCAUGAUAGUGUAUUGCUGUAGUUUGUUCUUGGCUGGUGAUAGAGUUCUGUGGUAGUGCUGUGUAAGUUGUUUUUGAUUUUACUUUUUUCCUUCAAAGCACAGUUAGUAAAGAUGACAGAGACCACCCCACACUCUGGUUUCCCAGUUGUUCUAGAGCAAGAAGAAAUGUGAGACGCAGCUUGUUUUGUUGUUGUUGUUUACUUACAUGACAAUAUUUCUUAAGGUAAGAGAGAUGAGAUUAAGGCUAAGCUGCCACCACCACUGUAUGAAAACCACUGUGUUUGCAACUGCCAACAAGAGGUAGUGCAUUUAUGGACCACAAUUCACAUCAUCUGUCCCUGUGAAAAGGGACACAAAAUUCCACAACCUGGGAACAGCAGCAUUCUGGUGCCAUCUGGUACAUCCUUUGGUCACAAACAGAAAGAUGAGGAAGGAGAGUUGUUAGACCUUAUCUCAGGCUUUACUAGCUUUGCAGCAUUCUGCUUUAAAUAGCAAAACCAAGAAUUCAAUUUUGAACCAGGCAAGGUAAUAUGAAAACACCAAGCAUCUUGGCCAGAUCAACUUUGGAAGGGAGAUUAUAAUUACAGAUCAACCACAAUGCAAAUGUAAAGGGCACUUGUCACUGAAAAUUACCAGGCAAAGAUGGAGAGUCCUUUUAUUAUUAUUUUUUUUAGGGAAAAAAAGUGAGCUGCUUCUAGUUUUUACUGACAACAUUUCUGGUGGUUCCUCUGCCCAGCUCUACUGAAUGCUGCACGCACACAGCCUGGUGGAGCAGCAGCCUGAAGCACAAAUCCAUCAUUAAUAGGACACACUUGGUCUUCCCAGGUGCAGAAAGAAGCCCAUAUGCAAACCCAAGAGACUAGAUGUGUGGGGCUCCUGCAUCAUUGCACAAUACAGGAGACAGAUGUGUGUUUCACUGACCGAGGCACUCAGCAGCAUUUCCCCUUUGUUAAAUGACCUUUUUGUUACCUGUGUUAUUGCAAACAGUUCCAAGCAGAAUUAAUUAAAAAAUUAUUUUUAUGCUAAUUGGAGAAUUUCUAACAUUUUCUUGUGAAGCAGUAGAUAGAAAUAUUCCUGGAUCCUGAUUGCAUUCCUUUAUCCUCCACCUCCCUUAAAUGUUGUCAAUAAAAACACUAACCUUCCUAGGUAGCAUGGUGAGAAGACAUUAUGUGAUGAAUAUUAAAAAUAAAUGCAUGAGGUAAACCUGCUGUUAUUUCUGAUUGUUAUAUGAAGCAUGAGUAACACUAAUUUAAAUGUUGGCAACUAAAAAACUGCAAAGGAAAAAGAAAACGGUGUUCAAUUCCAGUUAAAUGGAAGACAAGAAGUUGUUUCUAAGUUUUCUUAACUACAACAUUUCUUUUCUUGACUAUCAUUUCCCAUAGCUUAUAUGAAUUUGGAGCUGGUGAAAUAUACAUCUCUGCUAUAUGCGUCUGUCACCAGAUCAAGAGGAAAAUACAAAUUUUUUAUAAUUUUGUACCUGUAGCAAAUGUUUGUAUUUUUUGAAUUAGAAACAAACUGCUUUUUGUCUUUUGGUCCAACUAAAAUUUUGUGUAUUAUUACUGUUAUUACCCUUUUGGAAAACCUGACAUAUAAGUUUAUGCUGUUUUACAGUUUAUAAAUAAAUUCUUAUAACAUUGCCAACAAA